AUUCGCGUCGUCUUCCACUUCCAUUUCCAUCCGCGCACGCCUCGCCUCUCGCUCGCUCGCAUCCAAAUUCCAAUCGCUCCCGUCGCUCGCCGAUUCGCCCCCCGCGAUGAAGAUCACGGCGCUGCUGGUGCUCAAGGCCCCCGGCGGCGAGUCGCCGUCGGGUGGUGGCGGCGUCGAGCAGCAGCAGGCGGUGGUGCUGGCCAACGCGACCGACGUCAGCCACUUCGGCUUCUUCCAGCGGCCCCCCGCCCGCGAGUUCAUCCUCUUCGUCGCCCGCACCGUCGCCCUCCGCACCCCCGCCGGCCAACGCCAGUCCGUCCAGCACGAAGAGUACAAGGUGCAUUGCUACAACCAGAAUGGCCUCUGCGCCAUCGCCUUCACCGACGACCACUACCCCGUCAGGAGCGCCUUCUCCCUCCUCAACACGGUCCUGGAAGAGUACAAGAAGACUUUUGGGGAGUCAUGGAGGACAGCAAACGCUGAUGUUACCCAGCCUUGGCAAUACCUAAAUGAUGCCUUAGCAAAAUAUCAGGAUCCCGCAGAGGCUGACAAGUUGCUGAAAAUCCAGAGGGAUUUGGAUGAAACUAAAAUCAUUCUCCACAAGACCAUUGAUAGCGUCCUUGCUAGAGGCGAAAGAUUGGAUAGCCUAGUGGAGAAGAGUUCAGAUUUAAGCGCUGCUUCACAGAUGUUCUACAAGCAAGCCAAGAAAACCAAUUCUUGUUGUACAAUCCUGUAAAGCACUGGCAUUGAGUCGUGCAGUACCAAAACUAUUUGGCAUUUUCUUAGCUGUAAGUCUGCGAUGAAUGUCAUUAUAUCCUGGUGUUCAAAGUGUCAAGCAAAGUUUGCGUUAACAUAUACCACAGUCUACCUUACGUGAUUCUUUGUAAGUGGCUGUCAUUUAGAGAAUCUGUGCCUGGUGCAUAUUUGGUGAUCAACUUGUACUGUCGUUAUCUUGCCCAACUUCAUCAAAAGAAAAAAAAAACGGAGCAGACCAAUAAAAGUGAUCCAAACCUGAGGACCAUCAUGCACAUACGAAAUAAACGAUAAACAGAUUGUGAGAUCAGAUUAGGCUAUAGAGGGGAUAAAUAUAGCUAAAGUGUAAUUAUCCCCAAAAGGAACAAAAUUCUAAUUUGAUCGUAAAACUCCAAAAAAGAUAUCUUCCUGAAAAAAUAAGAGGACAUGAA